AUGGGUGCUGUGUUCGUUAUAGUUCCAAGUUUUACUUUCGUCAAUCGCGACAGAGACGAUGCCGAAGCUUAUACUGAAAGCGUUUCUCUCCCUGGUUCCGUUUCGUCAACUCCGUCCCCAAGUGACAAAGAUCAGGAGCAUGAAGUGACAAUGCCCGUCACGCCUUUUUCCUUUAUACCCAAUUUACCGCUGGCAAUAAGUCGUUUCCAGCCAUCACCUUCACCAACGACAGCGAUCCCCGAGGGAUCCGUAACACCGCAGAACAAUCCCUGGCAUCAAUCACAAGCACCGACAACGCACAACCCGACAGCAGAACCGAACAAGGAGCUUCCUACAAUCCCGGCCACCAUAGAGCCUGCAUUAUCAUCAUCUGUUACACCUGCUUCGUUGACAGCGACGCCAAGUACAUCACCUACGUUUGUGCCUUCGACAGCUUAUGUUCACGAAGUUGUCUCACGCCUGAGCCGGCAGACAUUCAAAGAAAACAUUGAAACGCUUUCGAACUUUGGAGACCGAAUACAAGGUUCCACGAGCUACAACAAUGCUGCUAAUUGGGUAAAAUUGCAGCUGCAAGACUAUGGAUACACUGUUCAAGAGCACACCUACACGUACCGUGGAUCACCGCGCACAAAUAUUUUUGUUACCAAAGUAGGGUCUUCGCAGCCGGAUCAAAUGUACAUUGUGUCGGCGCAUUUGGAUGGCCGCGGCGGUGGUGGGGCAGCCAAUGACAACGGUUCGGGCUGCUCGCUUGUACUAGAACUGGCGCGUGUCUUGGUGGCUAGAAGUGUCCAGCUCGAUGUCUCGGUUCGUUUCAUCUUUUGGAAUAACGAAGAGACUGGUCUCAACGGCGCCCAUGCGUAUGUAGCUGAUCGUUUGCCUUUGCAAGGAAUUGCUGUACCAUCAGGCGCAAACGUUUAUCCGGAGCCAACAUGGCUCGGUGUAAUAACUCACGAUCAAAUCCUUUUCGACCAUGGACUUCCCGUUGAACCCAAUCAAUCCCCUACCGCCGACGUGGAUAUCGAAUACCAAGCUAACUCGGUAUUUGCCCUACAAUCGCGUGCUCUUGCUAUUUCAUUGAAGUCAGGCAACAAUCAGUUUGCCUCAGACUAUCCAUCACAAGUUAGCAGCGAUAUGUGUUGCACUGACUCGGUGCCCUUCCAAGAUUUGGCACCUUCUGUCAGUAUUCGAGAAAACCAGCGGCGGGCAGAGAUAGGGAAUGGAUCCCAGCCGCAUUGGCACCAGCCAACUGACCUGUACACGACCUUUGACGAACUAGAUUUUCUGUUUGGUUUCAACAUUGUGCAGACGACGACUGGAACAAUCUGCCAAUUGGCUCGUUUACAUGGAAUAUGA